UGCUUUUCACUUCACGGUAGUCAGCGGUGCAGCCAGUUUCUGUGUCACAUUCGUCAGCCAUGUUUUUCUUUGGAAUGUGUUGAAAUGGUGGUAGUGAUAAAAUUUAAUUAAUCCCGUGAACUUACUUGAAAUACUGGAAACUGUGAGUGUAGUUUCAAUGUGUUAUUUGUUUGAGUGAGUUGACAUCACUGCCGUGAAAAUGAAUUGGGGCACGGAGCUUUGGGAUCAAUAUGAUAACUUGUCCGCCCACACACAGAAAGGAAUUGAAUUUCUAGACAAAUACGGUAACUUCGUAAAGGAGAGAUGCGCGAUCGAAUUAGAAUACGCAGGAAAACUUAGGAGGCUUGUCAAAAAUUAUCAACCAAAAAGGAAAGAAGAAGACGAAUACCAGUACACAUCAUGUAAAGCGUUUAGACAAUUGUUACAAGAGCUGGGCGACUUCGCGGGUCAGCGCGAGGUAGUCGCUGAGAACCUACAGUCCAAUGUUGUCCGGGAACUGCAUUUGCUAGCGAAGGAACUCAGAGAAGAACGGAAGCAACAUUUAAACGAAGGCGCAAAACAGAUGGCCGUCCUGAACUCUGCCAUAGGUUCUUUAGACCGAGCGAGGAGAGCGUACGAGCGCGCAGCGAGAGAAUCCGAACGGGCGCUGGAAGCGUUCCAAAGGGCAGAUGCAGAUCUCAAUUUGAGCCGCGCUGAGGUCGAGAAACAAAAAGCAAACAUGAAACUCAGAAGUCAAGCGUGCGAAGAUGCCAAGCACGAGUAUGCCGACCAGCUCCGCAAGACCAAUGAGGCGCAGCGGCAACACUACGAGCAGCGGCUACCUCAUGUCUUCAAACAGUUACAGGACCUGGACGAGAAACGAAUCAAACACAUAAAGAAUUUCAUGUUGAGUUCUGUCGAGGUCGAGAGAAAAGUGUUUCCUAUCAUAAAGCAGUGCUUAGAUGGAAUGGAACACGCCGCCAAUAGUAUUAAUGAAAAAGAGGACACACAACUAGUAAUAGACAGAUACAAGUCGGGGUUCGUGCCGCCCGAGGACUUCCCGUUCGAGGAGCAGCGCGCGGGCGCGGACACGACGGACGCGGCGGCGGCGGCGCACCACCACCACGCGCAGCUCACCGUGCGCGGCACCGUCUCCGGCAACCGGAUAAAGAAGCGCGGCGGCCUGCUCUCCAUAUUCAGCUCCAACAAGAAGAUUGUCGAGGCGUGCAAUUCGUUCAAGAACAAUAUGUCUACGGACGGGAAGGAGGACUACUCAGACUUGCCGCCGAAUCAGAAGAAAAAGAAACUGCAAGCCAAGGUUCACGAACUCAACAAACAGGUGGCCCAGGAACAAGCCGCCAUGGAGGGCCUGAUGAAGAUGAAAGGAGUUUACGAAACGAAUCCCACGCUAGGAGAUCCAAUGACCGUGGAAGGGCAACUGAACGAGUGUUGCGACAAGCUGAAGAAGCUGCGCGCGCAGCUGCGCAAGUUCGAGGAGCUUCUGGCGGAGGCCAACAGCCAGGUGUGCGCCGCGCCGCUCAACCCCGCCGCGCGGACCAACGGCGCCGCGCCCGCGCCCCAGCAUCCCACCAGUAUCGGUUCAAACAGCGGUUCCCUGUCGCGGUCCGCGUCGGAGUCGUCUGUGUCGACGGGCACGGGCGCGGGCGCGGGCGGCGGGUCGGUGUGCGGCGCGGGGGGCCGCGCGGCCGGCGGCUCGCCCGAGUCGGGGCUGGGCGGCGAGCUGGCCGCCGCGCACGCCGAGGCCAACGGCGACCACGACAACGACCACGAGUCAGACUUCGACUACUACUACGAACCGGACCUACAGCCGCUCGGAUACUGCAAGGCACUCUAUCCGUUUGAAGCAAACGGCACCGGCUCGACUAUGCGCAUGGAGUGCGGCGAACGGCUGCUCGUGCUGGAGACGGACGCGGGCGACGGCUGGACGCGCGUGCGCCGCCAGCUCACGCGCGAGGAGGGCUUCGUGCCCACCACAUACAUCGCCACCACGCUCUACGCCGACGCGGCCCACUAGCCCGCACCGCGGACACCGAAUGAGGUUGCAACACGGAAG